AUGACAUCACAUCCUAGUAAGUCUACAAAACGUAGAAGGUUUUUGGAAGACUUAGAGGUCACUAAUGUGUAUAUUGAAAAUCCAAAUCAGAAUUCUGUGCUUUUUGAUAAUAUUUUAGAAACUCAAAAUACUACAAGUGAAUUAAUUGUACCUGACAAUAGUGUUAUAAAUAUUAUAAGUGAUUUAAUUGAACCCAGUAGCCCUUUAAUUGAUGAAAGUAAAAAAGUUACAUAUGCAUCUUGUAAUACUUCUAGUACACUUGAAACUGUUGAAGAUGAUUUCAUAUUAAAUGUAAGUUCAACUGAUUCUGAUGAUGGAGAUGAAACUAUUUUGUCAGAAUAUUUUACUGAUGAUAGAGAUCCUAUUUUAAAAAUGUUAUGUCACUGGGCAGUUUCAUAUAACAUAACUAACGUAGCUCUUUCUGAUUUAUUAAAAACUUUGAAAAAACAUAAAUGUUUUAAUUUUUUUCCCGAGGAUGCUAGAACAGUUCUUAAAACCAACAAACAUAUUGACACUAAGCAAGUCCAAGUCAUUACACCAGGUAUAUAUUAUCAUUUUGGUACAAAAAUUGGUUUAAAAAGUUUGGGUGAUUGGUCCCAAUUUCAUGAUGAAACGAUAAAAAUUGUAAUUGGUAUCGAUGGCUUGCCAUUAACAAAGAGUUCCCAAAGUAGUUUUUGGCCUAUUUUAGGAUAUGUACGUAAUUUUCCUGGAAAACCUAAAAUAUUUUUAGUUGGUUUAUAUUGGGGUAAAGAAAAAGCAAAGGAUAGUAAUUUGUUUUUAAAAUACAUGGUCGAUGAAUUUAAGGAUCUAUAUAAAAUUGGUUUUAAAACCCCCCAUGGUACUAAAAAAGUAGUGAUAGAACUUUUUUGCUGCGAUGCCCCAGCAAAAAGCUAUAUUUUAAAAACUAAAGGGCACAGUGGUUUCUUUUCGUGUACUAGGUGUAAUGUUGAAGGAGUCUAUUUAGAUAAUAGGGUGUGUUUUCCAGAUAGAGAAUUUAUUAAAAAAACUCAUUUAGAUUUCAUCAAUCGUACACAUGAAUAA